AUGGGGAGCAUUAUAUUCUGGGUAAAUACCUCGUCGGAAAUCCCGAAAGAUACGAGCGAAUGGGUAUUCGAUAUCUUACAAGCGACCACGCUUCUUACCACUGCCGCAAACCUAUUUGGCAUCUAUCUAUUUUACUACCACUCCACGAAUGCUAUGCGUGGCUUUGGGACAGUGUUGUCAGCGUAUCAGUGUGCCGCCACCCUCACCGAUCUGAUGGUUGGCUCCGCGUUGGCGCCAUAUCUAAUUUUUCCGUGCCCCGGCGGUCUACCCACCGGCUGGUUGAAGUUUUUUGGGGUCUCCACUUUCGUACAGUUGUUUCUCGGCGCCCUAUGCCUUGCCCAAAUGAUGUCCCUGAUGGUGACGAUGUUCAUCGUCAGACAACAAUACAUCCUGCCGCUUAAUACGUUUUUUAAAUUGACUGAGCGAUCGAAAUACGUUGUCUAUACAAUUUUAAUGGUAUCUCCAACGCUACAUCUGAUCGUGAUCAUGGUUUAUUUUCGUCUUACCGAAGAUUUUGAAGCAGCCAAAGAAAUUUAUCUACAACUCUACCCCAAGUUGAAGCAGUUCAUCAAGGACCCACAUUUCCUGGCCUUUUCCCCAAAAGCCGCCUGGAUCCUGCUGUACAAUAUUGGUGUUUGGGUUUUUCUGGCUAUUUUGGGCAUUGCAGAAGCCUGUGUCACUUGUUUUUACGUCUUGGCAAAGCGAAAACGCAGCAUAAGCCCAAGAACGCUCCGGACUUAUCACCGCAUCAUUUUCAAAAUCUUGAUACAGGUGUCAAUUCCGUUCAUAACCUUACUUAUCCCUAUCCUUGGAGCGAUCUAUGUUUUUAUGACCGAUAACUUUGGAUGGAUUACCCUGAUGCCGUUUGGUGUAGCUUUAUUUGCCCAACAUGCCUUCCUUUCGACACUAAUGUCCAUUUAUUUAUACCGUCCAUAUUAUAGUUUUGUCAUCCGGUUGUGUAAAAGUUUGAUGAGAAGGAUAAUUCCACGGGCGGCGUUGACUGUAUUUAAGAUAAACGAAACGUCGUCGAUACCUCCAGUAAAGGUAGCCCCAGCACGCCGGUUUAGCAUGGCCAUCUCGGCCAGCGUCUCAUAUUCA